UCCUCCAAUUCUGCUCAACCUGUGGAAAUAUCCCUGGGAACAUCUUAUUUGUUACACCCCCGCAACUCAGAGACAUGGGUGACCUCUGCCGAAUGGAAGGUACAGCUGCGUUCAAUGGCACAAGAUUGUCUGAUACUCACUUGGAAGAAUGAAUCUGGUUUGCAUGAUGUAAAAUGGAAUUCUGGUGAUCAAUUCAGCAAGAGAUUCAAUUUUACGAUCAAGGACCUAAGUCUUCUCAUCAAGGCAGCUCAGCAUCAGGACAGCGGUAUCUACUCUCUGGAGGUCACCAAUGAUUCGGGGAGGACUACAACACACUAUUUCAAUGUUUCUGUAACUGACCCUGAUGGGAACUCCGGGAUGAAAGAGGAGUCGGGGGCCCUGGAUGGAGGAUUCGGCCUCCUGCCCCUUUUGAUGACCAUCAUGGUUCUCAUAACCACACUGUUUUUCGGCACCCUCGUCUGGUUCUGUGUGUGGAGAAGGAAGAGGAAGCCGCCAGAGCCCAGCCCAGAGGAAUUUCUGACAGUUUACGAAGAUGUCAACAACCUGCCAAUUAGGAGCAAUCAAGAGCACAAGCAGGAGCAGAAUUCCCCUGGGAAAGGGAACACUGUCUACUCCGUGAUCUUGCCCCAGUCCUCUGCUUCCACAUCACGAGAAACUGCAACUACGUUGUAUUCAGUGGUGCUGCCCUCCCGGAAGUCUGGAUCCAAGAAGAGGAGCCACAGCCCUUCCUUUAUUAGCACUAUCUAUGAAGAGGUUGGAAGGAUACAACCCAAAGCUCAGAACCCUGCUUGACUGGCUCACAAGAAGCUGGAGAACUUUUUUGUAUAAUCCUAGUGGCCACUUCUGUCCUCACCUCUGUUACAUACCAGCAUCUGUUUUGGGAAUCAGUACAAUGGAUGAUACCACAUGAGCCUCUACAGAAAAGUUCCUAGUCUGGGAGUUUGUUAUGGACUAUAUUUUGUUUUGAAAAUGAUUACUAAUAGGCAUUAAAGGAGCAAGGCACCCUG